CGAAGGAAAUCUGCUGCGGUAUUGUACAGGCUGCUACAGCAAGGCAGAUCUGGGCGGCGUGGUAAAUCCAAACUGCGCAAUUGGACGGAAACCUCUUCGAUCGGAACAGAGAGGGAUGGACGGCGGCGACUUCAACGGGCGAACAUGGGCGGCGAUUCUUUGCAGAUAAACGGAAAAGGGCGGGCGAACAGGGAUUCGCCGGCGACAAGGACGGAGACGCGCGUUCAGAUUCGAAACGGGCGACGAUGACCGACUUGGGCCAGCGACUUGGACGGAGACUCCCAACCGGGGCAGAGAUGGACGAUCCCAGUGAAAGGAGAAGAGACUUGGACAGUUCACCGGGAAGAGACUGACGAUGCUCCGGCGCAGACAACCGGCGAACGAAAGACCAGAUUUGCAGCGGCCACCUAGGGUUUUACGUGAUAUCCUAGAAAAUGGGAUCUCUCCUCUCAGUAAAAAGAUAAAUCUACCCUUGCACUAUUUCAAAUUCACUUUUUAUCUUCUCCUCACAUUUGUGCCCCUUUUGGUAAACUCGCACCCCCGAUUGACGGACCGUGACGUCUUGCUCGAACUUAAACGGCGGUGGGGUAAUCCGUCACCUCUCCGUCACUGGAACGCCACCUCCCCAUCCCCGUGUAGCUGGCCGGAGAUAGGCUGCUCCGGUGACGGAUCUGUCGCCGGAAUAUUUCUCAGCAACUACAACAUCACCUCUGAGAUUCCGAGUGAAAUCUGCGACCUUAAGAACGUCACAACGCUCGAUCUUUCCUUCAAUUAUUUUCCAGGCGAAUUCCCGGCGUUCCUGUACAACUGUUCGAAGCUGGAGUACUUGGACCUCUCUCAGAACUACUUCGUCGGCCCCAUUCCUCGCGACAUUGACCGUCUCCGGGAGCUCCGGCACCUGAACCUUGGCUCGAACAAUUUCACCGGAGACAUCCCGCGAGCCGUCGGGAACUUGUCGGAGCUCCGAGAUCUGAAGCUAUGUUGCAGUCAGUUCAACGGCACCUUCCCUGUCGAGAUCGGAAAUCUGUCCCAUCUCGAAAACCUGGAUAUGUCGUUCAACAACUUCUCUCCGUCACGGAUCCCGGAGGAGUUCUGUAACUUGAAGAAUCUCAAGGUCACACGGUGGACGUCGGCGAAUUUGGUGGGAAAAAUACCAAAAAGCUUCGAUAAUUUGUCGAGCAUGGUGCAAUUGGAUUUGGCCGAGAAUCGUUUAGAAGGUGAAAUCCCACGAGGAUUGUUUCUUCUCCCAAACCUCACCACUUUAUAUCUGUAUAACACCAUCCUCUCCGGUACAAUUCCGUCCGAUUUCGCUAAGAACUCAAAAUUGGUUACCGUGCAGUUGCCUUCAAACAACUUGACUGGUGAAAUUCCAGGCGGAUUUGGAGAGUUGCAGAGGCUCGAGGUUUUAGAUCUCUUCUGGAAUCAACUCUCCGGUGAAAUUCCACCGGGAAUCGCCCGAAUCCCAUCUCUGAAAGUUUUCAAAGUUUUUGGGAACAAUUUGAGUGGGAUUUUGCCCCCUGAGAUGGGGCUUCACUCUAAGCUGGAAACCCUGGAAGUUCAAGAUAAUAUGCUCACAGGAAAAUUGCCUGAAAAUUUAUGCGCCGGCAAGGCCCUGCUUGGUUUAGCAGCACAUGAUAACAAUCUGAUCGGAGGAAUCCCACGAUCGCUUGAGAGUUGUGACACUUUGUCAGUGAUUAUGCUUCAUAAUAAUCAGAUGAGAGGGGAGAUUCAACCAUGGUUUUGGACACUAAAGAGCUUGAGCAGGGUGAUGAUUAGCAAUAACUCAUUCUCAGGUGAGCUCCCGAACAAUUUCGCUAAGAAUUUAACAAGGUUAGAGGUCAACGACAACCGAUUUCAAGGAGAAAUCCCAGCUAAUAUAUCAUUGUUGAAAGGUAUUCGUGUGUUUCAGGCUAGGAACAAUUUACUCUCUGGUCAGAUUCCAGUGGAAUUCACUGGCCUUUCUGAACUGGUUGAGCUUAGGUUGGAUGGGAAUUCACUUUCGGGUGAACUUCCACGGAAGUUUUUAUCUUGGAUGUCGCUGUCUACGUUGUGUCUUGCUAGAAAUAAGCUUUCUGGCAGUAUUCCAAUGGCGAUUGGUUCUUUGCACAAUCUUCUUGAUCUAGACUUAUCACAUAACCAGUUCUCCGGUCCAAUCCCACCAGAGCUAGGCCAUUUGAGGCUCAAUGAACUUAACUUGUCAUCAAAUAACCUCUUUGGGAAAAUCCCCGAAGAAUUUGAUCGCCUCGCCUUUGAAAACAGUUUCUUGAACAAUCCAAGUUUGUGUGCUAACAGCCUGAGACUUCCACGUUGUAAUGAGGAAACACGAGCCUCUAACCACUUGUCACAAAGGAUUAUUGUUCUUAUCAUUGUCUUGGCGUCCUCUAUUUUCCUUGCAAUUGUAAUAGGACUGGCUUUGUUCAUUAUCAGAUGGCACAAGAAUAAGAACCAAAGUCCUGAUGUCCCAACAUGGAAGAUGACUACAUUCCAAAAGUUAGAUUUCACCGAAGAAAACAUUCUAUCAAAUUUAACAGAAGACAACAUGAUUGGGAGUGGCGGUGCAGGAAAAGUGUACAAAAUUUGCGCCAGGAUAUUGGGUGAGUAUGUUGCUGUGAAGAGAAUACAGACUGGCGAAGCAGAGUUAGAUCAUGACCUUGAGCAGCAGUUUCUUGCGGAGGUUGAGAUACUAGGUUCAAUCAGACACUCAAAUAUCGUGAAGCUGAUGUGUUGUAUUUCGAGCAAUGAGGGCUCAAAAUUGUUGGUCUAUGAAUAUUUGGAAAAUGAGAGUCUUGAUAGAUGGUUACAUGAAAGAAAGAAAGGCGUUCUUCAGAAUGUGGGAUUGGAUUGGCCUAAACGACUGCAAAUAGCCAUUGGUGCCGCUCAGGGCCUCUCUUACAUGCACCAUGACUGCGUUCCUCCCAUAGUCCAUCGCGACGUGAAAUCGAGCAACAUCUUGUUGGAUUGUGAGUUCAACUCUAAGAUUGCCGAUUUUGGUUUAGCAAAAAUAUUGGCCAAGAAAGGUGAUGCUAACACCAUGUCUGUCGUUGCUGGAUCCUUUGGUUAUAUUGCACCAGAGUAUGCAUAUACGCCAAGAGUGAACGAGAAAAUCGACAUUUAUAGCUUCGGGGUGGUGUUAUUAGAGCUCGUGACAGGGAAAGAACCCAUGUUUGCGCGCGGUGGAGAGCACGCAAGCAUUGUGGAAUGGGCAUAUCACCACCAUUCAGAAAAAACAGCCAUUGAUGAGCUCUUGGAUGCAGAAAUCCAGGAACUGGAAAUAUUCCAGGAGGAUUUAAAGACGGUUUUCAUGCUCGGGCUUGCCUGUACGAGCAGGAACCCUUCAAACAGGCCUUCCAUGAAAGAAGUCGUCCAAAUUCUCCGGCGUUGCCAACCUCGUUGUCACGUCUUAGAGGGCACGGUGUCCGGGAAAAACCACGAUGUGAAACCUCUACUUGCCAAUGACAACUUGUCAGCUACAAGAAUAAACAUGCAUGAGGAAGGUGAAUGAUGAUGAAAGUGAUGAUAAUAUGUUACUCCCUCCGUCCCGUUUUAAAUCGCCUGUUUUGACUUUUGGCAUAUUUAAGGUAGAGAAAAAAUAGAGUUAAUUUUU